GCGAGUUUUGAAAGACAGAACAAAAGCUGUUUUUAUUGCUUUAGGAAUGUCAAUAGACCCUGAUGUAGGACAUCUUAUCCUGUGAUCUAUGUUUAAAUAGAGCUGCUGGUCUCACUACACCUGAGGACUCGCCUCGGGGAAGACUUCCGCCUGUCAUCAUCACUCAAGGCUAGAUUACCAAUCCAAGGCAUGAUUUCCUCAUCCACACAUCUCAAGGGGUAAAGAAGUCGAUCCUGGGCGAUGGCUGCACCGCUUCCCAACGUGAGCGUCCCGGGGAGUGCAGCCGUUGUGCUGCUGUCCUCAGACGGCUCCUUUAAUCUGUCUGCCGAUGCCAGUGCAGGAUUUGACUUGGGUCAUUCGCUGGCACCUCUCUGCACCCUUUGUUGCUGUGGAUUUCUCAAUCGUAUGCUGGCUGUGGUGUUCAUGGUCAGCCUGGCGUUUGCCAUCGUCGUUGGAAAUGUGGUCACUCUAACUGUGUUUGUGCAAACGAGGCAGUCCCGUACACCGCAGGGGUACCUGAAAGUGUCUCUGGCCAUAGCAGACAUGAUGGUUGGCGUUCUUGUGGUUCCUUUUUCUGUCUACACCGAGAUCUCUCUGAUGGUGACCAGCGCUCCUCCUAUUUGGUACCAGGGUAGCUCCACCUCCCCUGCCACUUCCUCAGCUCUUGGGGGAUUAGUAAGCCCCUGGCAGCCCUGCAUGCUGAUUGGCCCAGUGUUCGCUGGAUGCACCUUUGUCUCCAUCAGCACCAUCUUCCUCAUGACCGUGGAGCGAAGUGUUGCCAUCCUAUGGCCACUUCACAAGGACUCCUUGGUCACCCGCAGGCGAACUCUCCUCCUCAUCCUGCUUUCCUGGGCUGCCAGCUCCUUACUUGCUUUGGCGCCUCUCAUCUUCAGCAGCAAUUUCACUUUGGAGUACAACGAGUGCAGCCGUAUGUGUAACUACACCCCGCUGAUGUUUGGAAGCCAGCUGCCAUCUGACGCCAACAUUUUGCUCUUGUUCCCAGCAUUUGACUUCACGUUGCUCGGUGGCACGUUAGCCAUCAACAUUGUGUCUUUCACCAGCAUCAGACAAUACUCUCGAAAACGCAAACUGCUCUCAGAGGGAAGUCUGAGUGACGGAGGAGGAGGGGGUUUAGGAGGGGGAGGGUGCUCUCACAGGCCAUCUUUUUCAGACAUCAAAGCUGCUAAGACGAUUGGCAUACUGACGUUCGCCUUCACAGCAUCCUUCACCCCCAUUGCAGUAUUUGUUCUCGGGAACGUGGUGGGAUACACCUGGUGUAACUUUUCCUUUAUUGCCUUCUGGAUCCUGACAGGAAACAGUUGCUGCAAUGUGAUUAUCUACAGCGUCAGGGACCACCGAUUCAGGAGGGGAGUGACCCUGCUCUUUCAGCGAGACAAUUCACCUCCAACCAGUGAAAAAAACUAAAAUACAUCAGUUUAACAGCGACAAGCUUGAGUUUUUGUGACUGCAUUCAGGUAAAUGUGAUUUUACAGGAAGAGAUUUAUUACAUUUUGAAUGUACAUAUCAUCUUUGAAUAAAAAGA